GAGCAGCCAGUUUCCCCCGCCCGUUCCCGCGCCCGGGCCGGGGCUAGGCCCCCCACUGCCGGGUCCCCGGGGGCUGCAGCAGCAGCGGCGGCGGCAGCGGCAGCGGCGCCGCCUGCGGUUCCCGCCGGGGCCCGGGCGCCGGCCCCUCUCUGCAGAAUGGGCACGGUGCUGUCUCUUUCCCCCGCCUCUUCGGCCAAGGGCCGGAGGCCCGGCGGGCUGCCCGAGGAGAAGAAGAAGGCGCCGCCCGCGGGGGACGAGGCGCUGGGGGGCUACGGGGCGCCGCCAGUAGGCAAGGGCGGCAAAGGCGAGAGCCGGCUCAAACGGCCAUCCGUGCUCAUCUCCGCGCUCACCUGGAAGCGCCUGGUAGCAGCGUCUGCCAAGAAGAAGAAAGGCAGCAAGAAGGUGACGCCCAAGCCAGCGUCCACUGGCCCCGACCCCCUGGUCCAGCAACGCAACCGCGAGAACCUUCUCCGCAAGGGCCGGGAUCCCCCCGACGGCGGCGGCACCACCAAGCCCCUGGCCGUGCCCGUGCCCACAGUGCCCGCAGCCGCCGCCACCUGCGAGCCGCCGUCGGGCGGCAGCGCGGCCGCCCCGCCGCCGGGCUCCGGAGGGGGAAAGCCGCCGCCGCCGCCGCCCCCAGCCCCGCAGGCGGCACCGCCGGUGCCUGGCGGCUCACCCCGGCGGGUCAUCGUGCAGGCGUCCACCGGCGAGCUGCUGCGCUGCCUGGGCGACUUCGUGUGCCGACGCUGCUACCGCCUCAAGGAGCUGAGCCCGGGCGAGCUGGUGGGCUGGUUCCGCGGAGUGGACCGCUCGCUGCUGCUGCAGGGCUGGCAAGACCAGGCCUUCAUCACGCCCGCCAACCUGGUGUUCGUGUACCUGCUGUGCCGCGAGUCACUGCGCGGGGAUGAGCUGGCGUCGGCUGCAGAGCUGCAGGCCGCCUUCCUCACCUGCCUCUACCUCGCCUACUCCUACAUGGGCAACGAGAUCUCCUACCCUCUCAAGCCCUUCCUCGUGGAGCCCGACAAGGAGCGCUUCUGGCAACGCUGCCUGCGCCUCAUCCAGCGGCUCAGCCCGCAGAUGUUACGACUCAACGCCGACCCCCACUUCUUCACUCAGGUCUUUCAAGACCUCAAGAAUGAGGGUGAGGCCGCCGCUGGCGUGGGGGGUCCACCCAGUGCGGGCGCGCCCGCGGCCCCCGCCUCCUCCUCGGCUGCCAGGGACAGCUGCGCGACCGGAGCCAAGCAUUGGACUAUGAACCUGGACCGCUAGGGAUACCCAAAAGCCAAGCCUGCCCCCGCCCCAGCCCCUGACACGCACUCGGAGCCCCCGGGACCAUCAAGCUGCCGCCGCUGUUACUGCUGCUCCGCACCCCGGGCGGAGGAGGAGCCGCCCCAGCCCCGCAGGGGAAGCUGGAGGCCUGGAUGCUAGAGGCCGAGGCGUCUGGAUUUACAGGGCGUGGGGUGGGAGUGGGGGGUGAGCGCGGGAAGGGACCCCCUACCUCAACCUUUCUGUCUACGCCCCCACCUCCCCAGCUCUGCCCAGGUCUGCUCCUUCCCUUCUGGGUGUGUCUGUAAGUCCGUCUUCCUGGGUCUCGUCCAUUUCCUCACUUCCUCCCUGUACCUUAUCUUCCCGCCUACCUGCCUUUCCACUUGCCUUUCCUUGGGUAUGUAUCUCCGUCUCCGUUUAACCCCCUGCCCAUUUUUCUUUGCCCCCGUUUCUCUUUCUGUACCUGUGUCUCCAUCUCCCCUGCUCGUUCUUUUCUUCCCUCUUGGCCUGUGCCCCCACCUUCCCCCAUCUGCCUCUCCCCACCCCGCCUAUGUCAGUCAAUUUGCAUUCUCUCCCCCAACUGAGCCCUCAUGCGCUCCUCCCCAGGCCGAAAGAAACGUUACUUCUGAUUUGGGAACGACUGGGGUGCAGUGGGCAACUGCAGCUGCUCGGGCUCAGCAACCACGGGGCGGCCCUUCACCCCACCCCCACCGUCCCCUCCACCUUUCCAACGUGUUGCAUGCCGGGAGGUGGGGCCGACUUCGGGCGGCUGACCUUUGGGAGCAAACUCAACCUAGGAGUCCACCCCGGCGGCGGCGGCUGCGCCUCAGCGAACAGAGGAGAGACAGAAACUCUCCUUAUUCAGGGGGAGGGGCGCCCUCUUUCUUAUCCUUAGGUGUUUUCGGUUUCCUCCCCUUUUAAUUUAUUCGAUUUAGU